CAGCUUUGUUCUUGGGUUUCGCCUCCGUAAACUCUGCCAUAAGCGCCACUGAAUUAUUUAGGGCAACCAUGCCAUCGCAUCGCUAUCGCGUUUUUCUGCGAGCGGGAAUCUCGGAGGAGCAUAAGGAGGAGGUUUUGCGAAGCUUCUUCGAGAAGUUCGGGACCGUGAUCGACGUGUACGUGCCGCGCGAUCCGUUCACCGGCGCGCUGAAAGGCAUCGCGUUUAUAUCCUUCGAAGAGGAAGGCGCUGUGAAAGCCGCGGUGGAAAACGACUCAUACGAGAUCUGCGGGGUAACCAUUCCCAUCACCAAAGCCGAACCUCGAGGACCGGAGCAGUCCACCCGCCGCCGAGCCUAUAACGACGACCGACCCUCCCACCGAACCUCCGCGUACCCGCCGUCUUCCCUCGGCCUGGCAGCCGCAGCAGCUGCACCUCGAGGCUCUCUAGGUCCGGCAGGAGGCUCGUUAGCAGGCUUGGAAUAUUACUCCGCCGUGCCUCUAGUCACAUCUGCCGGCUAUGGCGGUCUGUCAGCCGGAGCUGGUCUAGGUUCGGGCUAUGGAGGGGGGUAUAUUCUUUCAAACUCCAUGGAAGGGUACGGGAGGAGUGGAGGAGGGGGAGGAGGGGGGGGAGGGGGAGGGGGAGGAGGAGGGAUGGACGAUGAGUUUCGGAUCUUUGUGGGCGGAGUGCAGGAGGAGAUCAGCGAGCAAGACGUGAAGGACCACUUUGAGCAGUACGGCACGGUGGAGGACGUGUAUUUCCCCAAGGACCGAGCCUCGGGUGCCCGCCGCGGCUUCUGCUACGUGCGCUUCAACUCGUUUGCGGCCGCGGACGCUGCGUGUGCGCGCAGCCAGCGCAUGAUAAAGAGUACCCCCAUCCACGAGAUCCGCAUGGCGCAGCCGAGGCCGGGGGCCCCUGGCGGAGGGAGGGGAGAGGGGCGGAGAGGGGGAGGGGGGGGAGGAGGUGGAGGAGGUGGGGGAGGAGGAGGAGGUGGGGGGUAUGGUGGUGGGUAUGGUGGGGGGGGUUAUGGUGGAGGUGGUGGUGGUGGGGGUGGGGGUUAUGGGGGUGGGUACGGUGGUGGGUAUGGGUAUAGGGAGGACGGGAGGGAGAGGGAGAGGGAAUACGAGAGGGGGGGAGGAGAGGGGCGGAAUGGGGAUGGCGGGGGGCGGUCGCGGUACCGGCCAUAUUGAGAAGAAAAUGGAAAGACUGACUGAGUGCGUGAAAGAUGCCACAAACGGCACAGGAAGACGGAUGAUGGCUGCACUGACGGUGUAACAACGGUGUAACGACGGCGUAACGACGGCGAACGGACGUACGGACUUCCCGAAGGAAGGAUAAGGGACGGAGGACGGAGGGACGGCUCGACUGGUCGACCUACCGACCGACCGACCGACCGACUGAAACACCGGAGGGCAGAGAUUGGCAUGGACUGACAGACACAUGGUCUGUACUGUUGCGGGCUGAAGCAUGCUGACGGGGGCAAUGGUGCUUACGGGCAGUGCCUGCCUGGAGUAAGCCUCUGCUGGCUUGGUCACUGUCUUGCCUACCGUGUUGACAGAAUGGCCGGCUGAUGUCUCCAGCCGAUCCUUGCUCUAUAUCCCCCCUUCCCCUUUCCCCCCUCUCUUCUACCCCCCCUUCCCCGUCGCUCCGCCCCCCCUUCCCCCAUUUCCCCCCUUCCCCCUCCCCCUCCCCCUGACCUCCCUUGCCCCAUUCGCCCCUCUCCCUCUCUCUCCCUCGUGUCUAUUGGCCGCCUCUUUUCUGCCGUCUCUCUUGGUAACCCGAAGGAGUUUCUUUUUUCAUUGAUGCGUAGUCCCCCCCCAUAGCAAAAAACACGCACCCUAGUAUGGUAGGUGAAGAGGGUGUCGGGCUUCUCAUUUCCAACAUAGGGAAGACUCUAAAAUGCACUGUAGGCUGAAUUGGCAUUUAGCUUCAGUGGACCCUACUCAUGGCUUCCCUUCCAUGUUUGUGUCCGAGGAUGUAAUGGAGAUUCGCGUUGGCUGUUUGUC